UCAUCAUCAAACUCAUAAUAAUAAAUAAAAGAAAAAAAAUUAUAUAUAUAAUAUAAAUCCCACAAAAGGUGAAAGGCAGCCAAGAAGAGAAAAGGAAAGCAAAGCCAAUUCAGACAAGGCGAAAAACACGCACACACCCCAGUUCAAAGUUCUAGAGAUAGAGAGAGAAAAUUCUUUGAAAGAAUCAUAAGAUCAUGGACUAAAAUAAAAAAAUAAAAAAUAAAAAGACAGAGGAAGGCUAGAGAGAGAAACAAACAUAAAACCAGAGGGAGGCUCAAACAAACCUCUUCUCUCCUUCUCUCUGCUUUCUUCUCUGUUUCUUCCUUUUGCUUGUGUUAUUAUUCUUCUUAGCAGCUUUUCCAGGGUUGAGAAAAGGCUAAUCAGGAUCCCAACAAAAAGAACCAUAUUUGGAAGAGAGAAAAUAAAGCUAGCUUCUUUGGUCUUUCUGUAGUGGAAAAAAUAAGUAAUUUCCUGUUUGUUUCGAGAUGAGCAUGUCAUCUUCUUUGUGCUUAAUAUGGGGAUUUGAGAAGGAAGAGUCAAUUAUAAGCUUAUAAAUCGUUUGCUGCGAGGGAGAAAAAAAGUAAUGCUAGAAACAUGGGAAAGAAGGGAAGUUGGUUUUCUGCAAUAAAGAGGGUUUUCACACCCCACUCCAAGGAGAAACCAGUCAAUGACUCAGAGAAGAAAACCACAAAAGAGAAAAAGAAGAAGGGCCUAGGAAAGCUUAGACAUGGAGAGACCAAUUCUUUCAUUCCCCUCUUCAGAGAGCCUAGCAGUAUUGAGAAGAUCUUUGGGGAUUUUGAAAGAGAGCAACAGAGAGUAACUUUUAGGCCUCCUCUAUCCCCCGAGCAACCGAAGAGUACACCGCCUCUUGUGCCUCCUAGAGUUGCUACUCCAAGGGCGGCUUCUCCAUUAAGGGUUGUGUCACCUAGAGUUGCUUCUCCUAGAGCUCCUUCUCCGAGGGCUGUAUCACCGAGGGCUCCUUCUCCUAGAUUUUCUUCUCCAAAAGCUGUUUCUCCUAGAGCUCCAUCUCCGAGAAUUGUUCAUCAUCACCAUCACCAUAAGGAGAUAAGUUAUAGACCCGAACCCACUUUAAGGCACCAUCACGCUUCAGCUACCAAGAUCCAAGCCGCCUAUAGAGGUUAUACGGCCAGGAGAAGCUUCAGAGCUCUUAAAGGGCUGGUGAGGCUUCAAGGAGUGGUGAGAGGGCAGAACGUGAAGCGCCAGACGAUGAACGCCAUGAAAUACAUGCAGCUCUUGGUGAGAGUCCAGUCUCAAAUCCAGUCGCGGAGGAUCCAGAUGUUGGAGAACCAAGCAAGGCGUCAAGCUCAAUACAGGAAUGAUAAGGAAGCAGAGAGUGCUUUUGGCAAAUGGAACUUGGGCAAUGAUUCUGAGGCAGGUAAUGAUGAUUGGGAUGAUAGCGUGCUGACAAAAGAGGAAGUUGAGGGAAGAAUGCAGAGAAAGGUUGAGGCAAUCAUCAAGAGAGAAAGAGCAAUGGCCUAUGCAUAUUCUCACCAGUUGUGGAAAGCCAGUCCUAAAUCAGCUCAAACGCCUCUAGCAGACAUCCGAGCCGGCGGAUUUCCAUGGUGGUACAACUGGUUGGAAAGGCAGCUACCUCCUCCUUCCAAUCCUCCCGAAACCCCCAACAUCAUGAAGACCUUCCAACUCACUCCUCCAAGGCCUAAUUCUGAGUUUAAGCCAAGCCCCCGCCCGCCAUCUAGCAUCCAAAAACAACGCCAGUUCGCGUUCGAAACAUCCUUGGAUACUCCCACCCCAAGAUCCACAAAGUCCACCAUAGUAUUCCCGACUACAGCCGGAAGGAUGUCAUCAGCCCGAACCCCAACACCAGGCAGAACUCCAUUAGCCAACGCCGCCACCUCAAAGGCUAAAGUGAGACCUAACAGUAACCCAAAGGAGCGGUUCAUGGCAACCCCGAGCAGCGACUACUCGAAGAGAAGGCUUUCUUUUCCCUUGACACAAGGCAUUGGAUCGUUCAAGUGGAACAAAGGCUCAUUCUUCUCCAAUGGUGGUAGUAAUAGUAAUAAUAAUGACACAAGCACUUCUGCAAGGACAUUAGAAAAGCACCAGUCCCUGCAUUCUGUGGGAAAUUUGAGUGUGGAUUCGACGGUUUCUUUGCCAGCGGCGGUUGGAAGGAAGCCGUUUAACCGAUUUGUGUGAUUUGAUUUUGUGUAAUUUUUAACAUUUGUUACGUCCCUUCCGUUGUGUUUAUUUUGAUUUUUGAGUGUUAUGGUGAUCAUAGUUUGAGUUUACCAAA